AUGAUAAAUAAGAAAUCUUCAACAAAAUAGGCAACAAGAAUGACAACACAGGCAAACGAUCAAUAAGAAGUAGUGACAUAAAAUCAAUAAGCAUCUAAAUAUACUUUAAAUUAAAUUGUCGGCAAUGGGACAUUUGGAAUGGUUUAUCUGGCCACAAAUAAUUAAACAAAUGAAAAAGUUGCGAUAAAAAAGGUGUUCUAAGAUAAGCGAUACAAGAAUAGAGAGCAUCUAAUAAUCUAAGAAUUGAACAACCCAUGUGUUAUAAAGCUAAAAGAAGCUUUUUUUACAUAAGGUGAUAAAGGUGACGAUGUUUAUUUAAAUUUGGUUAUGGAUUAUAUUCCUGACACAUUAAGUAAGGUGAUCAGAUAUUAUAAGAAGGCCAAAUAACCUUUUCCAGCAGCUCUGUUGAAAAUUUAUAGUUAUUAAAUGUUCCGUGCACUUGCAUAUUUGGAAGGAAUUGGAAUCAGCCACCGAGAUAUCAAGCCUUAAAAUAUUCUAGUAGAUCCAAAUAACCACAUUCUUAAGAUAUGCGACUUUGGGUCAGCUAAGAGAUUGCAAAAAGGAGAGCCAAAUGUUGCUUACAUUUGUUCCAGAUACUAUAGAGCACCAGAGUUGAUAUUUGGAGCAACUGAAUAUACAACUGCCAUAGAUGUGUGGUCUAUAGGUUGUGUGAUUGCUGAAAUGACAAUUGGAGAGCCUUUAUUUCCAGGAGAGAGUGCCACUGAUCAAUUGGUGGAGAUCAUAAAGAUACUUGGAACACCUACCAUUGAAUAGGUGAAAUAGAUGAAUCCUAUGCACAAGGAAUUCAAAUUUCCAUAAAUUAAGAAUCAUCCUUGGAACAAAGUAUUCCAAAAGUUUAAACCUGAUCCUUUGUUUGUAGAUUUGAUAUCUAAAAUUAUGUUGUAUCCUCCUAGAGAGAGAUUGAGGCCAUUAGAAGCAUUGUCUCAUCCUUAUUUCAAUGAAAUUAGAGAUGAAAAGUUUGGAAUUCCAAAUGUAAAGUUGCCUAACUUCUUUGAUUUUACAAAAGAGGAAUUGUCGAUCUAACCUGAAAUUGCGUUUAAGUUAACUCCAUAGUGGUAUUAGUAAAAGAGAAUAUGA